CACCCUGAGCAGACGGGUGGUAGUGAGACUGACCAGGCGGAUUCUGUAGGGGAGGGAUUACCACACAUCGAACAAGCGAGUGGCGGAUUCUUGAGGAGGAUCACCGCGCAUUGAACAGGCGGAUAUUCGGCCCGGGGCGGGGGUCGGGGGGAUGGGGUGAUCACCGCUCGACGUAAACUGACGACUGCUAUCAAAAUGGAGAUCUCCUCUCACCAAGCCCGAUUGCUUCAACAGUUAAAUGAACAGCGCAAACAAGAAAUGUUUUGUGAUUGCAGCAUCAUUGUGGAGGGAAGAGUCUUCAAGGGUCAUCGUAAUGUUUUGUUUGCCAGCUGUGGCUACUUUCGGAUGCUUCUCUUACAUAACGCACAGGAUGUGGGACAGCCUACGGUAGCAACUUUUGAUGUCUUUUCUGCUGAUGCAUUUACACUUAUUUUAGACUUCAUAUAUUCUGGGAGGCUGUCCCUCACGAGCCAAAAUGUGAUUGAUGUGAUGUCAGCAGCCAGCUACUUGCAGAUGACUGAUGUGAUCAGUGCCUGCAAAAGCUUCAUCAAAUCCUCUUUGGACAUCAGUGAGAAAGAGAGAUACUUCAAUCAUUCCAGUAAUGGUGAGAAUAAGUGUGGGGAUGUGUCAUCUUUGUAUACCAGCAGCCGAGGCCUGGAGACUAACUCUAUUCAUGUUCAAAAAAACACUGAUCAAGGGUCUAUUGUUGGGCAUUCCUGGAGAAACUUCAACUUUCAUCAACAAGUUGCAAACCUCCAGCAUUCUCCAAGAGACCAUCUGCCAAACUCCUUUGUGAAUAAUCGAGCACAUCAGGAAGUACCUGAACUUUCUGUUUUCAAAGUCAGUAAUCUGUGUGGUUCUGGUGUGACUGCCAGAACAUCUGAAAACAUCAACACUAUUUCUCAAGUUGAGGAAAAAAGAACAUCAGAUUCUGAACUGAGUGCCCCUCAUGUGAGUUAUCAGUUCAGGCAUGAGCCAGAUGUUUUACCCAGGGACUGGCCAUUGCCACGACGAAACGGUGACUCAAUACGGCAACCUUCACGAGGUAGAGGUCGAAAAGCUGAAGAUUGGUAUCCUCCAAUGCCUACAAUUUUGGAAGUUGUGGGUGACUGGAGUGGAGAAGGUGCCGGAGAUUGCAAUAUGUUACCAAAGAUGAGAUUCAAGUGCCCAUUCUGUACGCAUACAGUAAAGCGGAAAUCUGACUUGAAGCGGCAUCUUCGAUCACAUACAGGAGAGCGACCAUAUCCCUGUGACUCCUGUGGGAAGAGAUUCACACGGCUUGAGCAUCUCCGUAGCCAUGUCCUAACUAUCCAUAAAUCUGGAAAGCUGGUUAUCUGCAAGGUCUGCAGGAAGCCAUUCACCGGCAUUGCAGCUAAAAUUGUGCAACAUGAUGGCAAGUGCUAUGGACUGUGCAAUAACUGUGCAUGUCUGAUGAACUCCGGUCAUGAUGAUGAGCCUAUUGACCUGGAAGCACAGCCCGAGCAGGAUCUGGAAUUUCAGGAAAGUGACAAAGAAUCUGGCUGGAUGUCCACGGAGCCAGAUGGAGAGACUGAGAUCCUGAGUUCAGGGGGCGAGGGUUCAGGAAGCAACGAAGUUCAUGCAGUACAAGAAAUCCUGGACGAUGCAGACGAAAAAGUCCAAAUUUAUGAGAAAAUUGAGAAUAGUGACUGAGUAAACAAAUUCCAAGUCAGAUUUUUCUUUAAACAGGAAGUAAACAUACAAUGGUUAUUGAGGAGUUCCCGAGACAGAUUCCAACGAUACCUACAUUCCUUUGCUUAACAGAGAGUUAAAGGCAGCAAUCAUAUAUUUGUUCCUCAUUCCUCUUAAAUGGGGUGAGGGGUGAAUACUUCAACAAAAUAUCCAGUUACUGUUUUAAAACAAUUGUUUUGAUGUUAUGUGAAGAAUAUUAAAAAGAAAGUGAAUCUUCAGGAUGUGAUUGGAAGAAAUCUUUCUCUGGAUUUCCUUCAUGCUCAAUAGUAAAAACAAAAUGCAGCUAUCAGAGAGCCAAUUGUCUUGGCAAACUGUCCUGUCUAAUAUUGUACAUAGGUAGUAGAUAUUCAACACCAACAUUUUGUACUCAAAAGUGGUCCUGGAAUUGUACUUUUAUUAUUUAUUCAUGGGAAGUGUGAGUGUCGCUGACAAGGCCACCAUUUAUUGCUCUUGUGUUAUAUUAAAAGCAAGUGUGAACCAAUAUAAAACCCAUGUUUUGCCUUGUUUUAGAAAAGUAAGCAUUUGUGGAAAGAGAAAGGUACACGUUACUAUCAUUUUAAUUCCAAUGUGUGUGGUGGUGCUGCUGGCAGCCCUAGUUUGUUUAUCCAUUGAACUCUCAAUCGAAUCGAUCUUUCAUAUUUCAGAUAGAAACUCCUCAAUGGCAGGAAUUAGAGCAAACCUCAUUUUAAUUUACUUAUCAUUGUUGCCAAAUCAAUAUUUUUCAGCAUACUUCCUCCAAAGGUUCACUUUGCUUGAAAUCAUACGAUUUACUUUUUGGUCAUGUGAAAUAUAGAGAUUAAAUAUUCCAUGUCAUUAUGUACUUUGCUUCUCAGUUUGUUAAAGCAAAUGAUGCUCAUUCUCUUCAGCUUUAGUUAAAAAAGUCUUUACCACUCUCAUGUUCUGAUAUAUUGGGGCAUAUAAAAUAUCUUUGGUGUUUGGACUCCUUGGAGUUCAGAAUUAUAGAAUUCACAAGCAAAACAACAAUUUACAUUUCAUACAGUGCCUAUAAUAAGGUAAAACUCUUUGCCUUAGUAAUCAGUAACUCAUAGUACAAGAGAUUAUCAUUAUUACACUUUCUUCUCAUGGCCUGGUGUUUUUAGAUAUCCUGCCACUAUUUCUAGAUUUGGAUGUGGAAUCUUGCUAGAAAUGGUCUCUCUGAUUAUAUGCCUAAACUUCAGAUUAUAGUGCCCAUUCAGGUGGCUCUCUGAGCAUCGGUAUACAGGAAAAGGAAAGGUACAUGUUACUCACUGGUCCGCAGGUAGGCAGUAUGGGAUUUAUGUUUUGUAUUUUGAUGCAAAGAGGACUCAAUUUACAUAACUGUUUGGGGAGAUGAAGGUAAGAAAUUUGGUUUUAAGUGAUCAUGAAUUAAAAUUUUGUGGUUCAAGUCUUAACAUAAGGCUGAUCCAGAACAGUUAUGUGCUAUUGCAAUGAAUAGAAUUUUUUUUAAUGUACAUGUUUGCUUGGAUUUUAUCUUGCAGGAUUUGAAGGCUCACUCCACUAUGAUAUGGUUUAUUACUUUUGUAUGACUGUGUACUUUGAAAUCUUCAAAAUUAAACUUAAUGUUCUGUUUUGGGACUAAUUAAUUAAGUUAGAUAUGGAUUGAGUGGGUGUGCUGAAUGGUUACAUACAUUUGAGUGUAAUAGCAGAUCCAGCACAGUUUUAUGCUAUUGCAAUGAAUGGAAUUUUUAAAAAUGUACACGUUUGCUUGGAUUUUAUCUUGUAGGAGUUGAAGGCUCGCUCCACUAUAAUACGGUUUAUUACUUUUGUAUGAUUGUGUACUUUGAAAUAUUGAAAAUUAAACUUAAUGCUCUGUUGUAGGACUAAUUAUUUAAGUUAGGUAUGGAUCGAAUGAGUGUUCUGAUUGGUUACAUACAUUUGAGUUUAAUGGCUGAGACUCGUAUUGUAUUAUGUUAGCUUUAGAAUGACAGUGUUAUUAAAUCAUGUCCAAGUUGUAAGUCCAAACAAUUUUCUUUGUACUUUGGAGGCCAGAAAAACAGAGUGUAAAUA